AACUUGUCUGUGCUCUGCGGUGGAAUCUGCCAGCCCUGGAGAGACGCCUGAGCCGCUGGAGCUGCUCACUCUGGGGUGAUGGGGAUCCCCUCGUUCCUCAGCCUCCUUGCUGCUGAGGGCAGCCGGGCUGCCUGCAAGCCCUGCCAGGCUGGGGGCCCUGUGCUGCUGUGGACAGCUGUGCUAUUCCUGGCUCCUGUUGCUGGGACCACUGAACUCCCCAAGGCUGUGGUGAAACUGGAGCCCCCGUGGAUUCACGUGCUCCAGGGGGACACCGUGACUCUGCAAUGCCAGGGGGCCCAUGCCCCUGGGGACACCUCCACCCAGUGGUUCUACAAUGGCAGCUCCAUCCCGAGCCAGGACCAGCCCCACUACAGGUUUAAGGCCCAGAGCAACGACAGCGGGGAGUUCAGGUGCCAGAUGGGCCAGACCAGCCUCAGCGACCCGGUGCAUUUGGAAGUGUUUUCCGGCUGGCUGCUGCUCCAGACCCCUCGACUGGUGUUCCAGGAGGGGGAAGCCAUCGUGCUGAGGUGCCACAGCUGGAAGAACCUACGUCUGCUCAAGGUCACAUUCUUCCAUAAUGGACAGGCCAAGUGGUUUUCCCAUGCCAAUUCCAACUUCUCCAUCCCACAAGCAAACCGCAGUCACAGUGGUGAUUACCACUGCAGAGGAUUCAUAGGGCAGACGGCGUACUUGUCCCGGCCUGUGACCAUCACGGUGCAAGGGUCCAACCCUAGCGACGCCCCACUGCUGGUCAUCGUGGCCGUGGUCACUGGGAUUGCUGUCGUGGCCAUUGCUGCAACUGUAGCAGCGUUCCUCUACCUCAGGAAAAAACGGAGCUCAGCUCUCCCAGGAAACCCUGAGCGCAGGGAAAUGGGAGAGACUCUCUCCAAGGAGCCAUGUGAGUACAGCGUCAUCUCGUGGGGCCCAGGGAUGCCCAACCCAGGAACACCCCACCCAGGGCUGCCGGCUGGGUUGGAGCCAGCAAGCUGUGGUGUGUCCACCCCCACUAAUCCUGAAGAGGCUGCCAAGGUUGAGGCUGAGCACACAAUCACCUACUCACUUCUCUCUCACUCGGACGCUGCAGAGGAAGAAUCAGAGCCUGAUUACCAGAAUCGCAUUUAGUCUCCAUUGUCUGGGCCUGGGAUCUGGGAAAGAGAACUGGACAGAUGAGAAUCUGGUGUCUCCUGGUCUAAAUUCCAGGCAGGGAAUGCUACAAUUCUUUGUAAAGGACUCUUUUAACAAUGAGAAGGACUACUCUAGAAUUAUCUGCAAAAAGCCUGAAGGCCCGUGUCUGGAUAGUCACGGACAGAAUGGUCCAGGUGACUGACUGUACUGCUUCCUUCUGAGCCUGUGCACUUCUCCACAUCAAGGUGCUUCUGAGUCCAUCUCUGGUGACACGGAGGUAGUGCAAUGCUCUGCAGUGUGGAAGCCAUGUGGAAGACCAGGGUUCGGUUCCCCAGCCAAUCCGUACACACUGGGUACAUGUGUGUGCCCCGGAUCCCAGCUGCCUGGGAAAGCUGGGGGCAGACUGUGGUGUGAUACACUAUUGAGGGUGCGUCUCUCAUUUUUUCUCGCUCAUGAAAGAAAUAAACUUAAUAUAUAUAUUAGCUUAAAAAGUAUUCUUCUGUUACACAUUUACACAGCCAAUAAAAUGAAUAAAAUUACCGUUAUUAAGAAACUGUAGCAAUAUGGGAAAUGCUUAUGUUAAGUUACAUGAGAAUGACUAAGCACAGAUGAUUUCAGAAAUGUUAAAAUAGACUAACAAAUAUCCACGCAUUAAAAGUGAUUGCUUCAGGGUGA